CCCAGGGCCGGGUCCGAGGCGACGGGAUGAGCUGCGGGGGCGGAGCGCCAACUCCAGCAGGAAGAAAGAGAUCGCGACGCGCGGGCGAAGCGCGCUGGCGCUAGGAAGAAAGAGGGACAUCCCCCACGCAGCGCCACCGCUGGCGCAAGUACCGGUCCCCAAGGCGGGAACCGAGCGGCCCGGCCCGCGCCCACCACCUCGCGACCCGCACUCCGCGGCAGGAUCCAUGGUGGCAUGAAAACGCUCCCCAACGAUGUGAGCAAGGUGCUAGGCUCAUUGACCCUGUGAGAGCAGAAGGUCUGGACCCUCAGCUUGGAGUGCUCAGACCCCCACGCCUCCCUCGCACCACUCCAUCUGCAAGCAUCACCAUGGCAGCCCAGAAUGGAAACACUAGCUUUGCACCCAACUUUAAUCCACCCCAAGACCAUACCACUUCCCUUCCCUUCAACUUCAGUUACGGUGAUUACGACCUCCCUCUGGAUGAGGAUGAGGACAUGACCAAGACCCGGACCUUCUUUGCAGCCAAGAUUGUCAUCGGUGUGGCACUGGCAGGCAUCAUGCUGGUGUGCGGCAUCGGCAACUUUGUCUUCAUCGCUGCCCUCGCCCGCUACAAGAAGCUGCGCAACCUCACCAACCUGCUCAUUGCUAACCUGGCCAUCUCUGACUUCCUGGUGGCCAUCAUCUGCUGCCCCUUUGAGAUGGACUACUAUGUGGUGCGCCAGCUCUCCUGGGAGCACGGUCACAUGCUCUGUGCCUCUGUCAACUACCUGCGCACCGUCUCUCUCUACGUCUCCACCAAUGCCCUGCUGGCCAUCGCUAUCGACAGGUACCUGGCCAUCGUUCACCCCCUGAAGCCCCGGAUGAACUGCCACACGGCCUCGCUCCUGAUCGCCCUAGUGUGGGCGGUGUCCAUCCUCGUCGCCGUCCCCUCGGCCUACUUCGCCACAGAAACCGUGCUCUUCAUCGUCAGAAAGCAGGAGAAGAUCUUCUGCGGCCAGGUCUGGCCCGUGGACCAGCAGCCCUACUACAGGUCCUACUUCCUCUUCCUCUUCGGCCUGGAGUUCGUGGGCCCCGUGGUCGCCAUGGCCGUGUGCUACGCCCGGAUCUCCCGCGAGCUGUGGUUCAAGGCGCUGCCCGGGGUGCAGACGGAGCAGGCGCGCAGGCGGCUGC